CUAUUAAUAAUAUGUUUUUAAAUUCUUGAUGCAGUACCUUGAUGACAACAAAAAGUUGAUUCUGGCAAUAUUGGAUAAUCAAAAUCUUGGAAAACUUGCUGAGUGUGCUCAGUACCAGGCUCUGCUUCAAAAGAAUCUGAUGUAUUUAGCAGCAAUUGCCGAUGCGCAACCACAGGCACCAGCUGCCCCUCCCCAGAUGGCCCCACAUCCUGCUAUGCAACAGGCAGGAUAUUACAUGCAACAUCCUCAGGCAGCAGCAAUGGCUCAGCAACAGGGUAUUUUCUCCCCAAAGAUGCCGAUGCAAUUCAAUAACAUGCAUCAAAUGCACGAUCCACAGCAGCACCAACAAGCCAUGCAAGGGCAAAUGGGAAUGAGACCUGGAGGGCCUAACGGCAUGCCUUCCAUGCUUCAUACUGAGGCCACACAUGGUGGUGGUGGUAGUGGCGGCCCAAAUUCAGCUGGAGACCCAAAUGAUGGGCGUGGAGGAAGCAAGCAAGACGCCUCUGAGUCUGGGGCAGGUGGUGAUGGCCAGGGGACCUCAGCCGGCGGGCGUGGAAAUGGUGAUGGAGAGGACGGCAAGUGAAUUGGCCCUUAUGGAUAAUUGCAUAUGGAAGCAUGUGUCUGUUGAUAGUAGGUGUUUUCCUAAAGUAGCUGCUGUGCUCGGUGAUGUGUGACAGAUCGAAGUGAAGCAGCGAAAGUUGUCAGGUCUUUUAGCCUUUAAGCGAUUAGGUAGACGAAUUGUGUUGUAAGUCCGUUUGCAUGCACUGGAUUUUGGCAUCAAAAGAAACAAGUGGUGGGAGAAGACAGAUUUAGUUCACAAGUUCUUUAGAGAUGGAAGCAUGUGUUCUGCACAUGAUGUCUGUCUCAGUUUGUAACUCAUAAAAUGCAUGCAGCAAUGCGCCACAAAUUCUGAUCCUAUUACAAGUUUUGCUGCUAGGUUUUCGGCUUUUGUUUCGGUUUUUUCGGUGCUUGUGUACGAAUUCUUCUUAGCCAAAAUAACUUGAUUGAAGUUUAGAAGGCUUUGUAUCUUCAUAUAUUCGCCAACCGAGUAAACUGUUGGCUUCUCUCCUGAACUUUCACUUA